GCGCCGCGAGCCCGCUGCUGCCUCAGCAGUUCCGGGUCUAGGCGGCCUGCCGAGCCGGCACCCAGCAGCCCGGCCGGCGUUAGAGGAACAGGAACCAGAGUCCCGCGAGGGCCCUCGGCCCGGAGCCAGGCGGCACUUGGAACAACAGUGACUAGCACAAAGGUCACCAAUAUACAACAGGAAAAAACAAAAGUGAAAGAUUAUCAAUAUAGAUUAUUGAGUAGGAGUAAAGAAGGUAAAUCAAAAAGGGGAAAAGAGGAGAUUACAGACACAGAAAAUGUCAGACAACAAAGAAAGGAAGAGUCAAGGAUUUCCUAAAAAAGAAUGAACUUCAUGAGCUUGAAAAACAAAUAGCAGCUAUCUCUGCAGAAACUAAAGGAACAGAAAGACAAAUUUAUCAACAAGAUGCUGCCAUACAGAAUACCAAACUUCAUUGUGAUAGCCUGGAAACUCAAAUCGAAUCCUUACAUUCAGAAAAUGUAAAGCUUAAAUUUGACAUAGAAACAGCCCAAGAAGAUUUUGAGGAACACAUGAUAAAAUAUAAUGCAUAUUAUGCAAAAAUAAAAGCACAUAAAAAUAGUUUGGGGGAAUUAGAAAGCAAAUGGUCAUUUAUGACCGAACUCUAUGAAAAACGAGAUUUUGUUAAAAAAUUAAAGACAAUGAAAGAAGAACUUACGCAAGAUCUUCAAAAUCCAGGAGGGAACCGAAUAACACAAGUACAGGAAGACAUUACAAAGUUAAAGGAUAAAAUUUUAACUGUAAAAGAAUCCAUCAUUGAAAAAACUUGUUUUCUUGAGGAAGAAAAAAAGACACAUGAAAAAUUAAGAAAAGAAAUAGAGGUACAACAUAAGAGAUAUGAUGCAAUUCUUAAGCGUUUGCAUUGUCAGGUGAACAAGCUUCAGGCAAAUAGACGACAGUGGCAAUGGAACAUUCAACAACUGGAAAAAACUGCAGCUGAAUUAAGAAAAUGCAUUGGAAUGCAAGAAUAACAUUGCCAUAGGGCAGUGUGGAACACAGACCAUGACAACAAAAAUUAUGGGACAGAACAUUAAGAAAAUCGUUUGGAUUCUUAAUCCAAGCAUCCACUAUCAGAGGCUUGUCUUAAUGACAGAUGUCUUUGGUUGUUGUUGUUAUUGUUGUUUUUAAAUCAGUCAUCCAUUUGUUAAAAUGCCUUCUAACCCUACACUUGAUAGCAGUAGACAGACGAUAGGAAUGCCUACAGGAAAAUAGUGCAAGAGUCUCUAUGACUAUUGGGAGUGUGUAAAAAGUAUUAUACUCAUGAAUACCUGUUUAUGUUGCAUUCGCUACCCUAUAAAGUAAAAAUUUAGAAGGAAAAAAACACUUGAAUUUUCAAUGAUUUAAAUUGUUAAGAUAUUUUCAAAUGUUUGUCUGUUUCAAACUUUUUAUUGGAAGUUGCUUUUUUACAACUGCCUUCACAGUAGCCCAUAAAUAUUGAUAUUUAUAAUAAUGUUUUUGUAUGUUCAAUGCUUCAAAUAUUUUACUCC